GCCGAGCGGGCACCCGCGCCUGCGUACAAGCACGCGUGACGUGCCACUGACGUCGCAGUAUGGAGCGACGAGUGGCGGCCGAAGGACGAGAACCGACGACGAGACGAGUCGUGGCCGUGUGUGUCGAAGCAAAGUCUAGCCGAGAGUGCGCCGAGCGGUUGGCGGUCCCGCGUAUCGUCGCGUUCCUCUUCAUUCCGAAGUGAGCCGCCGUUGCGAGCAAACCGGCAGCCCGAGCUGCUCUUGGUCGUCGCUGCUGAACCCCUGGCAGCGGCGCGCACCGGCAAUAACGCACCGUCCUGCUGCCACCCACGCGAAACCGCGUGCCUUUCGCACCCUGCACGCGACACCGCGGCGUGACUUGGCGGCACGCGUGCACGCUCGAUCGAUCGAUAUCGCGCGACAAGUGACUCCGAGUGUUGGAUAUAUCUCGUUUUGUCUGCCCUCCUCCCAGCCAGUGUGAUUUCAUGAGUGCCGAAAAUCACCGCCGGUUUAACUGGAGGAUCCCUGCUAGAUGUACACCUCGAGUUUAAGGAUUUUCCAACCUCCUGCAUGAACGUUGUUCUGUGCAGUUGGUGUAGUGUCACGUGACGGAGGGUAUACGAAGAGUGCACGGUACAAGGUGUUCGGAGAAGCUGGCUCGUACUUUGCGGAUUGGCAGACGGCGUACCAGCCGAAAUCACGAUGACGAUGGACGUGAGCAAGUCGGAGCCGAGUAAAAAUGGCACCACACAACAGGAAUGCGCUGGCUGUGGAAAAACGAUCACUGAAAGGUAUCUCCUCAAGGCCUUGGACCUGUACUGGCACGAGGAUUGUCUGAAGUGCGGGUGUUGCGAGUGUAGGUUAGGAGAGGUCGGUUCUACUCUGUAUACCAAGGCCAACCUUAUCCUCUGCAAGAGGGACUACCUCAGGCUGUUCGGUAACACGGGAAACUGCGCGGCUUGCAACAAACACAUACCCGCGUUCGAGAUGGUCAUGAAAGCCAGGACGAAUGUUUAUCAUCUCGACUGUUUUGCAUGUCAGCAGUGCACUCAUCGGUUUUGCGUGGGUGAUCGAUUCUAUCUGUGCGAGAACAAAAUCCUGUGCGAGUACGACUACGAGGAGAGGCUCGCGUUCGCCAAUAUGUCACUACAAACACCCGCCUCGCUGGCGUACAUCAAAAGGCAACUGCCUCCAACACCGACACCGCCUGGGCAGAACAUGCAUCCGGGUCACAAUCCGCUGCAACCUCAUCAGGGACUUGGCCAGUCGGUGGGUCAACAUAAUCACGUGUCGAACGGUCAAAUGUCGGGGGGUACGCCAACGGUGAACGGAACGGCGAUAGGGGUCGGUGGUCCUCGAGCUCCGGGGGACAUGAACAACAACGGUUUAUCGGGUCCAGCACUAGGACCAGUGAAGCCACCACCGAUGUCUAUGCAAGCUCCGACCAGCUGAAACGAGGUGUCACCCCCCUUGAAGAAGCUCAGAUGUCUCAGCGGCUAUUGAGGCUGGAACGAAGAGAACAGGAGAGGCUGUAACGCGUCGUGGCCAAGUGAACACGAAUACCGCGUGGAGGAGAGUGAUUGACAGACACAUAUAUUAUAUACACACACACCCACACGAAAAACACAAAUAUGCACGGGGGGUGGUCGUUCGCAACGAACGAAAGAUAAAAGAGAAAUGGAUCCGACCUCCGUGAAGAAUCUCGAGGACGCUUCCGGGCGAUCGAACGAUUUCGGGAGGUUGGGGAAUUAAUCACUGUGAUCGCGAAAUAUAUAUGAAUAAAUUUAUGGAUGACAUGUUGACGGUAGGACAUGGAACGUGAUAUCGUGCACGUGUGCACGCACACGGAUAGACGGACAUCUUGUAAUAUACGGUACAACAUGUAACGAUAAACUAGGCGAUUUAUGUAAGAUAUAUUUCUGGAGGGAGGAUGAAGCGUGUGCGUGCGAAGGCGAGAAAGGGAGAGAGCGAAUGGGGCAGAGUUUUCUUGUAAAUAGCUGUUGUAUCGUCGACUCUGCUAAAAAAAACGAAGACUAUCAGUAUACGCAGACCAAUCGAUGAUUUCUACUCGCGAUUCGUCUCUAUUAGCUCGAUCGAGAAACCGCAAAGACUGUCGAUAAGGUGAAUCUCGAUCGUCGAUGCUCGUUCGCGACUUCGAUCGCGAGGACGACGAAUCUACGACCUUUCGAAAAACUCGGUAUACGAAUGACCCGAGCAAUGGCGCACCCGAUGGCUGAUACCAAAGAUUAACGAUGUAAGUUCUCGAUGCCCCUCGGGAGCGAGCUGGCUUCUUUGGAUUUCACAUUCGUUGCUCACUAAUAUAGUCGUUUCGCAGUUUUCUCUAACUGAGUGUAGGCUCUCCUUGGACGCUUCUUACAAAAUCAAGUACCAACUUGAGAUUUCCAAUUACAUUUUCAAGCUGUUACACUUCUGAAUUUCUAUAUCACCGAAUCUGAAAGUGCUACAAUAUUUAAAAUUUCGAAAUUUCUAAAUAUUUAAAUCAACAUCCCUCAAGUCUUCAAACUCUUGAACAUCCAAUUACUGGACCUUCUAAAUCCUCAACCUUCGACUCUCAAAUCCUCGAAUCCCAAAAUUUCUAAAUUUCCAAACAAUUAAAUAAAAAAAUAUACCGAGGUAAAAUAUUCUUGCUAUUUCGCCAAGUUUCCUAGAAGAGCCUACACUCCUCCUUCACCCCCAGCUCGCAAAGAGGGGCUUAGUCCGCGGCUUUACGCUUUAACGCCAAAAAGAUGCAUCGGAACAAGCGGGUGAACAAGAAGAGAAUCGAGGAAAAUAAACGGUGACGUGGAUACCAAAAGACGGCUGACUAUCCGAUAACGCGUGCGCUGAUAAACGAUCCGAAUCACCGACGAAGCGUGUCGCAAAACCGCCACGGGUCGCGCAGACUCGCAACGACGUGGCAAAUUUGUCUGAUCGUUAACGUAUCUUUCCCUUUUUGCCCUUUUCGAUCGGGAGAUUUGCCCGCGAGUUGCGAAUUUAUCGCGCGCGGCCCGGAUCCGAAACCACCGAAUCGAUUAAGUACAAAAGAUAUUUACGCGAAGAGAGGAUGCGCUUGUGAGCAAGAUGGCCGACGUAUAGCACGAGAGUGAGAGGGAGGGAGAGACAGAAAGUGUAACGAGCGAUCUACGCUCCGAGUGCCAGAAACGCGAACACUCUUUCCUCUUUUUUUAUCCAUCUGUAUAUAAAUAUCAUUUAUUAGCGCACUACUAAUAUAUUUACGAACCGCCUCUAUAGGGGCCCCAUUACUACCGAGAAAAUAUAACAUUCUUAUAAAUACAACAACACGAUGAGUUUCAA